ACCCAAGUAAUACCAGUAGUAUUCUUGCAUCCCAUAUAUAGAAAGAGAGAAAUGCUGAGGUGCUCUGCUGUUCUUGUGCUUGUUAUGGUUUUACUUGUGCAUGCAACUGCACGUACUGUCCCCGGCGGUUACAGCCAGCAAAUGGUACAUGAUGCUGUGCCGAAGGAUACUAAAAGUGAUUGCACGAAGACAGAGCAAACGUUUGUGCAUGCAAGUGCACCGAAGGCAGACUCUCCUAGCGGAAAUGGCCUUGAUGACAAAAAGAAUUUCAUCUAUGGUGGCAUUGGUGGGUUUGCCGGGAUGGGUGGGUUUGCCGGGGUGGUUGGAGGGAUCCCUUUGAUUGGUGGCGUUGGAGGGAUUGGAAAGUACGGUGGAAUUGGAGGCGGAAUUGGUGCAGCACAUGGGUUAGGUGGUUUGGGUGGGGCUGGAGGUCUAGGAGGUGUAGCUGGUGGGGGUGCUGGUGGUGGGGCUGGUGGGGUUGGGGGUGCUGGUGGUGGGGUUGGAGGUGCUGGUGGUGGUGUUGGUGGCGUUGGUGGUGCUGGUGGUGUUGGUGGUGCUGGUGGUGGGGUUGGAGGUGCUGGUGGUGUUGGAGGUGUUGGGGGUGCUGGUGGUGGUGUUGGAGGUGCUGGUGGCGUAGGUGGUGCAGCUGGCGGUGGCAUUUUGCCAUGCCCUUAAAGUACCAUACGUACUACUUGCAUGCAUGUCUAGUGCAUGUUUCAGAUUCAUAGCUAGAUUAAUUAAGUUGGCAUGUGUUGUAGUUUUAAUUUUUAAUGUCCCAAUGCAAUAUAUAUUGUUUGGUAUUUUGAUCAUGGUUUUCUACUUAAUUUCUAGCGCAAUGUGUCUGCAGAGACAACAAUGGGGUUGUCAGUUGUACCUUUUUUAUGUUGUAUUUCUCAAUUUAUGUUUCAAUUAAUGAUAGCUCUUUCGCUUUUAUGCAUUAUAUAUGCUGUCUUUGAUCCUAUAGUACAAUUGUUUGAUUAAAAAUUCAUGUGACAC